UCGCCACGGUGGGGUGGGAGUACCAAGCGGAGUCCAACGAGGGGGAGCCGACGUUUAGGAUUAAGUCGGAGUUUCAGCCUAUCCGAGGUUGUCUGGCGGUCUCCGCUGAACACGUCUGGUUUUACGUUAUGUAUAGCCUUUGUACCGUAUGCUAACCAUUAUUCUUGUUUUGUAGCGGGCUUGCGGUAUACCCUGACUCGUGAGGAAGAGUGCCGCGUGGCGCGCAUCAGAGGCUGUUGGCGGAAUCGAAAUUUGCUUGACUUCCGCCUGCUGACCGGUUGGGAGUUGUUGGUCGAUCUGCAACUGACUCGCGCCGUUGAGACUCCGCCAGGAAACAAAGCUAGCCGCGACGCUUUCGAGAAGGCCAUGGACCGUGCUGAGAUUAACAAUUUCUUGGAGGCCAUGUACGCCUCAGGGCAGGCGGCCCAGGAGACGGUUGUAAACCCGGAGACAUUGGCGCUGAGCCCAUCCGAGGUUCCGGUGGUGUUGCCCAUGCCGCACCACUCCCACCUUGGCGCCGACGGCCUGCCAGUUGUUCAGGCUGGUGCCACUGUGGAGGGCGGGAAGAAGGGGUCCGCUGCUCCCGCUCCGCAAAAAGAGAGGGUGGUUGCCAUCAGGCGUGGCUCACAGAGGGCGGGACAGCCGGCGGGGACUGCCACGGCGCCCGCUGGAAACACACGGGUGCUCCUGCGGAAGCGCCGGCAGAACGACUCCGCCGAGGAGGAUGAGGAUGAGGAUGAGGGUGAGGUCAUCCGGAUCCGCCAGCAAAAGAAGGUUCGGCAAGCUCCGCCAAAGGCCCCGGCGGUUUCUGAGAAAGAGGCGGUUGUGAGCGAUCUGGACUCCUUCGCCGCAUAUGCCGAGUUCAUGACCGACAGUGAGCGGGAGUUUCUAUUCCAUCUCUGCGAGCGGUUGGGCUUUGGCGGCCUAGCGGGGAUUUCGCGCCCCACGGCGAUUGACAAGUCCCCCUUCAGCUCGGCCUUUGGUCACCUGGCGGUUGGGCUGAACGAAAUGUUCCUGGCGGCGUCGAAGCAGCCCCGGAUCGAGGUGCAGCUCAGGGAGGAGGUGAAGAGACUCGAGGGGGAGCUUGCGGAUGCUAAGGACAGGCUGGCGGAUGUGGAGCGACGUCUGAUGAAGGCUGACUGCGAUGUUGCGGACGCUCGCGGCAAGCUGGAAGUCGCCAUCCAGCGGGAUGUGGAGCGAAAUGAUCGCGUCUCCAAGCCAGACAGGGCCCUGCUGCAGGAACGGUUUCCGCCUGAAUCUGAAUCUGAAUCUGACCCAUCUCACUGUAAUCCUCCGCUACCCACAUCCCAACAUCAAGAACAAUCUUUAUCUCCAAACCAAGUCCCGAAAGUUGCAGAACCAGCGAUCCUGGGAUCAUCGUCGUCGCCGCCGCCGGAGCUAGACUUCCCAAUCGAAUGGCCCCCCAACGGGAAUCUCAGCCUGGACUGGGUCCAGAACCUCAUGUCCGUCUUCGAUUGGUCUUCAAGAAAUCUAACACCAACCCAAUUCCCGGAGGUUCUUCCCGUCCGGGUUUUCGAUUCCUUGGCUCUUUGUGCCUCCAAGAUUCUCCACAAAGAACCCAAUUGUGUCAAGAUCGACGACUGCGGCCCUGACUCCACCGUCGUAGUCGUCGGAGACGUCCACGGCCAGUUGCACGACGUUCUUUUUCUUCUGAAGGAUGCUGGGUACCCUUCGGAGAAUCGAGUCUUCGUCUUCAAUGGGGAUUAUGUUGACAGAGGAGCUUGGGGUCUUGAGACUUUCUUGAUUUUACUGGCUUGGAAAGUGUUGAUGCCGAAAAGCGUUUAUCUUUUGAGAGGUAACCAUGAAUCCAAGUACUGUACUUCUGUUUAUGGGUUUGAGAAGGAAGUGCUAGUCAAGUAUAGAGAUGACGAUGGUAAAGAUAAAGUAGGUAAACAUGUGUAUAGAAAAUGCCUGGGAUGCUUUGAAGGGCUUCCUCUUGCGUCCAUUAUAAAUGGCCAUGUAUAUACUGCUCAUGGAGGGCUGUUUAGGAGCAUUGCAGUGACACCAGCUAAGAGGGGAAAGGGAAAGAAGAAUCGAAAGAUUGUUUUGAAUUCGGAGACUAGUACUUUGAAUUUGGCCUUCACCAUUCGUUUUGAUGAUGAAAAUUCAAGUAGUAAGCUUAAAGUGUGGGUUGCCCAAGUGGAAACCGGGAGGGAGGGAGGGAGGGGGAGAGAGAGAGAGAGAGUCUGA